UUAAAAAUAAAAAUAUUAAAUAAAAAAAUAAUUGUUUUUUUUUUAAUUGUGUUGUUGCAAAUAUUUUUUUUGUAUUGCAACAUUUUUGGCUCCGAUGAUUUGAAUGCCUGUCGAAGAAGAAAAAGAAAGACGAAAUACGAGGGCUUAUGCUCUGUUAUUGAAUCGAAUAAAGAUGAUAUCGAAAGAAUUCGAAGAUAUAUACUUCAGCUAUAUGUUGGGCGAGCAAGUUGAUGUACAAAAAGUUUCUGAAAUAUUUAUGAAAUUUAAAGAAUCCGAGGGUGAGAGCAACGAUGAAAAUAUUGAAAAGAAGAAAGAAAUUGAAAACAAAUAUCGAGAAAUAAUCGAAAUUGAAUCUACCGUACGUUUGCUUCAACAAAAUAUCGAAAAAUUUAAAAAUCAAAGUACCGAAAAGCAAAAAUUAAGAAUCAAAAAGUUUUAUGAUGAAUCGAAAAAAGUAAUACCGAACAACAUGUUACUAUUGAAAUUCUCCGAUGUAAUGGACAAUGCCGAAGAUAUAAUCGAAACAAUAGAAAUCGUCGCAGAUCAAAAUAUGAUUAAACAACAAAAUAAAUAUCAAUCGAUGCCAAAUAUAAGUCAACUUAAGUUAGAUGAUCAAUCUGGUUCAGAAAUCUCAAGAAACAAUAGUGUACCAAAAUUAAAUUCAACAGAUGAAACUUCAUUCAAUCAACAACUAAUAAAUCUAGUAUCAACGUCGUCUGUGAAAAACGAACCGAUUAAAAUUAACGAAUUUCAUAAUAAAAGCAACGAUAUCAAAGCUGAAAUGAAACGUAAGGAAAUAUAUAAUAUGCAAAAAGGAAACAAUUGGUUCGAUGGAGAUUACCUGCAAUAUCAUCGUUUCAAAAAGCGGGUAGAUAAAGCAUUCGAAAAUAUGGAAUUCAAUGACGAUGAAAAAUUAGAUCUAUUGAAAAAUGUGAUUAAAGGACGACCAUCCAAAAUCAUUGAACCUGUUACUACAUUUCAAGAAGCGAUAGAAACAUUAGAUCGAGUAUACACUCGUGUUGAUUAUCAAAAAACAACAAUCAAAGAACAACUUGGUACAUUGACAAAAAUCAAUAGAAUCGCAGAAUUCCGAAGGAACAAUACAUUUAUUGAAACGGUGCAUGGUUGUUUUGAACAAUUGAAACGAAUUCUGCCAAAUGAAAAAGAUUCAUUCUUCACCGACUGCAUACGAAUAAUCUUGUCUAAGCUUCCUCAGGAAACUAUGACUGAAUUUACAAAAAUAGAUGAAGACAUGACGCCAGAUAAAUUCAUAAAAUUUCUAAUUCAACAAGAAUCAAUAGCAGAACGAUGGGAUAAAUGGGAGAGUAAUCCCCAAAUCAAUAAUAAAAAUAGUCGUGUCAAUGUCAUCAGACCUGAUGAAACAAGAAUCUAUUGCAAAUUUCACAACAACAAUCAACAUUCAUCAACACGGUGUGAUUUGACAAAUGAUGAAAAAGUAAAGAUAAUUCAACAGAAAAAUUGGUGUAAAAAAUGUGCAACGUAUCACAAAACUAAAGAGUGUUUUCGAAAAAAUCUGAAAUGCAAUUUCUGCGGUGAAGAUCAUUUGACAUACAUGCAUGAAUUAAUGAAUUAUACAACAAAUGAAAAAUCAGCUGAUUCCGGUGAAACAAGAAUAAAACAACAUGUACAAUCAACAAAAAUUGCAAUUAAUAAAAGUGAAUUAUCUUAUGCAGAAACUGCUACGGCAACAAUUGUAGCCAAUAACAAAUCUGAAGAUCUUCGAUUAAUAAUAGAUUCAGCUAGUGAUUUUAGCUUUAUCGAUAAAAAAUUUGUCGAAAAAUUGAAUCUUAAAACAUUUGAAGCUGGUAUUUGUCUAGUGUUACGCGGCAUCAAUCAAUCUGAAUCACCAAAAAGAUCAUCAACGUUUACAUAUUUGCAAUUUAAUGGUGGUCAUAAUAGAAAUAUGAUUCGAAUCAAGUUCUUUAUCGUUGAUGAUUUAGCUGAAGCACUUGGGUAUUCAUCAAAUCCAUUCGAUUUACGACAUAUCAUGCCAGAUGAAAUAAUAUCGAAUCUAGCUGAUAAUUCAAAUAGAAAAUUACAAGCAUUAAUUGGGCUGGACCAAAGACAUAAAAUUUAUCGACAAAACACCAUAAAAAUUAUCGAUAAAUAUGUAAUAAUUGAUACAAUCUUCGGUUUCAUGAUAUCGGGAAACGAAUCGACGAAAUCACGAACUACAAGAAUCUUUGCAUGUAAAAUUGAAGAAGAUUACGAAUUCAAGUCAGCAGAUGAAGAAUUCGAAAUUCAUAAUCAACCAGAAAUUCAAAUGAAUCAAUACAUUCAAGAUUAUAAAACAAACAAAAUAAUGAUGAGCGAAAAUAAUCGUUACGUUGCUUCAUUAUGUUGGAUACCGAAAUUCAAAGAUCUAAUCACAAACAAUGAAUGGUAUGCAAUUAUGCGACUUCAACAGCUGCUAAAAAUGUUAAAACGACGAGAAUUAUUGGUCGAAUAUGAUAAAAAAUUCAAAGAAAUGAUCAAUGGUGGAUAUAUCGUAAAAACAGAUCGAAGUGAAUUGCAUUAUUUUCUGCCACAUCGACCGGUAAUAAAAUCUGAAAGAUCAACAACUAAGUUGCGUAUAGUAAAAGAUGGAACCUUCAAUUUGAAAAAUCAAACGUCUAUUAAUCAAGCACUUUAUAAAGGAGUUGUUGAAGCGGAUGUGAUGAAAACGCUUAUCCGAUUUCGUGCAAAGAAAAUUGGCAUAACAUCUGAUAUCGAAAAAGCAUUUUGGCAAAUUAAAGUAGAUGAUCAAGAUCAAAAAUAUCUUGGGCUUAUAUGGAUCGAUGAAUAUGAAAAAUUUCAGUAUUUUCGCAUGACUGUUGUUCCUUUUGGAUUGACCUGUUCGCCAUUCAUACUACAAUCAACCAUACAAAAACAUUGUGAAGACACAAAGCUAUAUCCAGAGAUAUCAAAUGAAUUAGCGUCGAAAUUUUAUGUUGAUGAUUACGUUAACAGCAUGGAUAAUCUUCCUGAUGCGAUCGAAAAUAAAACAAAAAUCCAAGAAAUAUUGAAAGAAGCCAGUUUCAACAUCAGAAAGUGGACCAUGUCAGGUGAUAAUGUAGAACCUGUUCGUGUUUUAGGAAUAUGGUGGAAUCCUCAAACCGAUGAAAUAUAUCUAAAUGAACCAAAAUUUGAAAUACCAGUUAAAAUCACUCGAAGAUUUAUUCAAUCGAUAUGUGCAAAAUUAUUUGAUCCACUUGGAAUAAUAGCACCGGUGAAAAUUUUAUUGCGUGAAUUAAAUCGAAAAGCAUGUCAAUUAAAUUUAGAUUGGGAUGACGAAGUGCCCCAAGAAAUGAAUGACAUUGUCCAACAAACUAUUAAAAAUAUCGAUGAAUUAUUUGAAACUAUCAAAUUGCGACGAACGAUUAUAAAAUCAAAUUCAAUUUUGAUAUAUUGUGAUGCAUCAGCUACAGCAUACGGAGCAGUAGCGUAUUUGGCAAAUAACGAAGAAAAAUUAUUGUUACUAUCAAAAAAUUAUUUAUCAAAUAAAACAACGAUACCUGAACUAGAAUUCAUGGCGUUGAUGGUCGGUAUUCGAGUUAUGGAAAUAGUCAAA